AUGGGCCUACACAUGGAACUAUUUUUUCUUACAGUUUCCUCUGCCCCACUCUCGCGGAAGCUCACACGGACAGAGCCGCAUCACCCGCUACGCCUACGAGGAUGAGUUCUAUGUCCGGAUGAUGGUUGACGCCUUCCCCAUGUGGGCGGAGCUUGAAAGGGAAUCUGGCGUAGACUUUUUUGUGAACUGUGGCAUCAUAGACUUGCGCCAACAAGGGUCACACGGGUUAGAGAGGGUCGCCCACUCUCUCCGGGCACACAACGUCCCCCACGAGGUGCUGACCCCUGCUGACGUCAAAAGGCGAUUUCCGGUCAUCAACGGGGGCGACAACUGUGGUGGGAUCUGGGACCCCAGUGGGGGCAUUUUACGUGCGGACAGGGCACUGCGGGCAUUUCAGACGGUGUUCAAAGACCAUGGCGGAGUUAUCCGUGACGGGGAGAAGGUGUGCUCUAUAACACCAGGGGGCGCCACCGUCACCGUGAUGACGUCACGCUCCGUCUACACCGCCUCCAGUGUCGUCAUUGCUGCCGGAGCCUGGGCGGGUCCGUUGUGUGCCUCCCUGGGGCUGCAGCUGCCUCUACAGCCAAUCAGGACACAGGUACUCUACUGGAAAGCCACAGAGGGCGCCGACCAAGCGUACCGGUCGAGCAAGUUUCCAUGCUUCAUUGACUCCCGCCUCGAGACAGGCUUUGACGUGUACGGCUUCCCCAUGGACGAGUACCCUGGCCUGGUCAAGGUCUGCCUCCACAACGGACCCUCCAUCGACCCGGAUGAGAGGGACAAGGUCAUCAACGACGACUGGGUGGCGGAGAAGGUUAAGAACACCGUGACCUCGACCUUCAAAACCCUGGAGACCAAACCGGCCAUCAAGGAGUAUUGCAUCUACACGAACACCCCCGACUCGCACCCCUUCAUUGACCGCCACCCCAAGCACCCCAACAUCGUCAUAGCUGCCGGCUUUUCAGGUCAUGGGUUCAAGCUGGCCCCAGCUGUAGGUAAAGCCGUGUGUGAGCUGGUCUUGAAGCUGACACCAGCCUACAACAUGAAGCCGUUUAAAAUUGAUCGGUUCGCUCCCAGGUCAAGCCUCUAGGCCGUCUGCCCGGAGGUCAAGGUCAAGGUUGUUGACCUCGCAGGUCAAGGUUGUGACCCCGCAGGUCAAGGUGGUGACCGAGGUCAGAGAAAAGAAGACUGAAUUAACUAAAUGUUUAUAUAAUUUAAUGUAAUGUGUUAGUAUGCAUUGAUGUAUUUGGUACAUGGUGUCUGUAAUUAAUAUAUUCUGGUGGUAUUUGAUAUAUGCUGUCUGUAAUUAUUGUAUGUUGGCUAUAUGUAAUAAAUUUAUAUUUUAUGUAUAUAACUAACAGAUAAAAUAUUUUUUGCUCUU